UGAGCAGGUUCUAUGACUUUACGUUAGUUGAAUAUAAGCUAAGCACGGGCAAGGUCUGUGUGUUCGUUUUGUGUCUGUUAGUUGAGUGAAUAUUGAAUAUAGAUUUUGCUUCAAAUGCCACACAAUCAACAUAAAAGAAUCAAUUAAUAAUUUUCGAUUUUACCGUUACCGUUAGUGAUUCUGCGAAAUUGUGAAUUUAAAGUGCAAAUUUAAAUAAAUAUUUCUACUAACAACCGAAUCAAUCAAAAAAUGUCGAAUGGUAGAACAGUUUUAGUGACUGGUGGCGCCGGAUACAUCGGUUCUCACUGUGUGGUAUCGCUACAGGAAGCUGGUUAUGACGUGGUUGCGCUAGAUAAUUUUACAAAUUCGGUAAUUGGCUCUGACAAUCAAUCGAUGGCAUUGAAACGAGCCGAAAAAAUCACCCUAAAACCAAUCACAUUUUACAAGUGCGACUUGUUGAACAAAGAUGAUAUCGACGAGAUAUUUGUUAAGCACAAAAUUGACUCCGUCAUCCAUCUAGCAGCAAUGAAAGCUGUUGGGGAAUCAAUGCAAUAUCCAAUGAUGUACUACAAGAAUAAUUUGAUAGGAAUGAUCAACUUGUUGGAGGUCAUGGAAAAGUAUGACUGCUUUACAUUGGUAUUUUCGAGCUCCUGUACCGUUUAUGGCGAGCCCGAAUCGUUACCAAUCACUGAAGAAAAAGAAACUGGACGACGUGUGACUAAUGUCUACGGAAAAACUAAAUAUUUUAUUGAAGAAAUGCUGAAAGAUGUGUCCCAUUCCAAUGAGAAAUGGAACAUAAUCGCAUUGAGAUAUUUCAAUCCCGUGGGUGCGCAUCCAUCCGGUUUAAUUGGUGAGGAUCCAACAAAACAGUUUACGAACUUAAUGCCAUUUAUCAGCCAAGUUGCUUCCGGGAAAAAACCAUCGUUGACCAUUUUCGGAAAUGAUUAUGAUACACCUGAUGGAACAGGUAUUCGCGAUUACAUUCAUGUUAUGGACUUGGCAACUGGACAUGUUGCUGCUUUAGCCAAACUGGAAAAGCAACACUUAAACAUCAAGAUGUAUAAUUUGGGCACAGGGAAAGGUGUUUCUGUAAUGGAACUGAUAACAACAUUCGAACAAAUAAACAAUGUUAAGGUUCCAUUUCAAGUGGAACCCCGACGGGCAGGUGACAUUUCUGAGAUGUACGCUGAUCCAUCUUUGGCUGAAAAGGAAUUAAACUGGAAGGCAACGAGAAGCAUUCAAGAAAUGUGUUCGGAUUUCUGGAAAUGGCAGCAAAUGAAUCCCGAUGGAUAUAAGACGAUUAUUACGAAUGGUCAUCAUAAAUGAAUGUUUUUGACUAACGGCAUGAACAAGUCAUAUUGAAUCUCUGAGUAAUUUUUUGUCGAAUGGAACGAAUGGAUUCAAUAGACUUGCUGUACUUAAUUUGUGGGCAUUAAAGUAAACAAAAAAUUUCGAAAUUAAAUUUAAUUCGAAAA